AUGGUAAAUGAGAUGGGGAACACAAAUUCAUCAGGUGAUCAAGAAGCAGAGAAUGUUGCAGUUGACACUCAACAAAAAGGACAAGUUUCUGUCAAUGCAAAUGGUGUUAAAGAAGAAAACAGCAUAAUUCCUGAAGGUGAAAAUAAAGGAUGUCAUGAGAAAGCUGUAGCUUUGCCUAGUUAUGACACUUCAACAGAUAAAGAACCUCAGCUUGAGAACUCUGCAGAUGACAAAACAGAUGAAAGUAAAAGAGAGACACAGACUUUUCAAUGUUCAGAAGUUCAAACAGGUCCUAAUGCUUCAGUGAGUGAAAUCACUAAUAUUGAAACACAUACUUUACCAAGAAAGGAUGAACUUCAUGACCAACCAUUUUACCAGAAAGGUGAGGCAGAAGAAAGUUUACCACAUGAUGAUGUCUUAAAGACUGAUUUAGCUGACUCCUCGACUGUUUCCACCGAGACAGUAGAAGAACACUUCUUUUCAUCAUCAUGCAAGGAGCAAGAAUCUCCAGAGAAGGGAAGAUCAGGCCAGAAUGAGGUUAAAACUCAGUUGAUCACUGAAAUUGCAAUUGCAGAUAGGGCUGUUGUUUCUGAUGCCGAUGAUCAAAAUGAAACCACUCAAAGAGACGAACCCUUGGCGGAAGAAUUGACUGCUUCAGCAGAAAUACUAAAUGAGGAAAAACAUGAGAUUAUGGGUGCUGAAAGUCAGGUUGAAAAUGGUUACUCAAUCAGGGGUGAUUUGGAUGAAACUACUGAAGUGGAGUCCAGUCAAAGUGAUGCUACAGAUUCACUGUUGGCAGAUACCCCACAGAUUACACCAUCGAAUUCGUUUGCAGCAGUUGUUGAUCUAGAAAACAAAUGUGUUUCUCUAGAGACUGAAUUGACAUCAAAUGAAUCAGAAAACGCGGUAAAGAAAUGUGAUCUGAAGGAAACCGAGUCAUUUAUGCAGGCAGUGCAUGAAAUGCAGAAUGACAAUGCAGCUCCUUCAAUUGAAUCUCACCCCAAAGAGACUACAAAGGCAAAAAUGAGGGACAACAUAAAUGUUCAACCUGAUACUCUUCAUUAUGAUCACGCACCACCAGUAGAACAAUAUACGAGUUCUGAAGAAAAUGUUGAAAUGGUGCCUGAAAUUGUACUACACCCUACCAAAUUCAUUGGAACAGCUACUAAUCUUGAAGAAGAGAGCUCAAAAGAAAAUGGCAUUCUUGAAAAAGAAAAGGAAGGAGUUGAGAAGUCUAGCAGAGAGGAAGUAAUGGCGGACUACAUAUUGCAGUUGGGGUCAUCAGAACCGGAAAAUGGUGUCAAUAUAGCAUAUGCAGAUGAAAGAAUGAAGGGGUUUGAAUCUGUUGAAGAUCAGAAAGAACGCAAUAAGGACUUGACAGAGAGCGCUAUCUGUGAAUUUGUUGUCACUGAGGAUUCUGGUGUAUUUGAACUCAAUAUGUCCGAAAAAGAAAUAGAGAAAAUUGAUGAGACAGAAAAUGCACAGGAUGUUCAGCCAAGUCUUGACACAUUAGCAUUUUCCAAUGAAAAAUGUGCUUUUGAUCAAAUGGUGCCUAUUAAAGCACCAGAGAGUAUUGGAAGGUUAAGUCUGGAAUCAAUCCCAGAGAAAUCAAGCAACGGAAUUGAGCUUCGAAAGUCUCCAAGCUUUGAUUUUCGUGUUACCAGAAAAUCUUCAGAAUCAGAUCAAACUCCACUACUCUGUCCUGAGAAGACUCCUACAAGAAGCUUAUCGGUUGGAUCCAAUGCAAAGUUCUCAAACUCAAUUAUGAGAACUGAAUACAACCGAAGCUCACUAGACUACGAAGCAGUAGCAGUUGAAGAGAAGACUAUUCGAAUGGAAAGAAGUGAUUCUGAUAUUUCCAAUGUUCCUCUUUUAGGCUUGUCAAAUAAAGGAGAAAACGGUGAUCUAAAGGUUACAUCUGAAACACAAAUAAAUCAUGUUGCUGAUAUGAAAAGAGAGGAAUUGCAGGCUUCACAAGAAAAGGAAACUUCUCUAACUUCACCAGAAGGGAGCGGAAAACGCAAGCCUAGACCGUCUUUCUUCACCACUUGCAUCUGCUGCACAGCAGGCACUCACUAUUGAACAGACUCAACAGAUAUUUGGCUUUUUGUUUUGAUUCUUUUUUUCAAUUGAUUGGUUUUUUCACCAUAUUAAAGAUAUUUUCAUGUGGCAUUUUUCAUCACAAUGGAGUGUAAGAGCAUGUAUAGUCUGUAAGAUACUGAAAAAAGUGUGUGAGAGUGAGCUACCCGGAAUUUCUGAGUGAUGACUAUAAGUUAUACUUCCAGUUUUGGUUUUUUACUUUAUGUUGUUCAUUCUUAGUCCCUCGAUAUGAAAACUUAUUACAUUGAUUUAGGAAGUUAUCCGAAGAGUUUGAU